ACCAAGAUCUGGCAUCCUUGGAGAAGCUACAGUAAAUGUGACCAGUUACAUGAGUUCAAGUGCUGCUGUUCCGCUUUCAAUCCCACUGAAUAAGUGCAACCACGGGACAGUCUUGCAUGUAACUGUGCAGUGUCUCACACCAAGAGAACAAUUAAGGGUUCGAGAAUCAAGAGAGAGACACCAAACAAAGAUUCUGAAUCUGAAUGCAGACAAUGAUGAUGCAGCUGUUGAGUCUAAUGGAUCUAAUCAUUCAUAUGUACAGAAUGUUGAAUCUCCCUCCAGUGGAGAUUUGGACUCUACCUCUUCUUCUCCUGAAGUUGAGAGUAGGGCAACAAGUUAUUCUGGACCUGGUUCUCAUGGAAGUUGUAACUCUGCUGAGGGGUUCAUAGGGAGGGCGGGUAUCUCUCAUAACAGCUCUUUAGGAGAUGACGGACCCGGACGAACUGGAAAACCUGAUUCAGUCAGUUCCCAGAAAAAGUCAUCCCUCUGCUAUGUUCCUUUUUAUGAUUCUUCUCAAUCAAAUUCUUCAUUCAAUUCCCAGACUACGGGCCCAGGGAAUUUGCAUUGUUUGCAAGAGCUUGGUACUUCAUCUUCUGGUGUGACCAAUGCUUCUAAGAUCCAUCUUGAUGCUGCAGAAGACAUUGUUGAGGAACUUCGGGCAGAAGCUAAGAUGUGGGAGAUGAAUGCUAGGAAAUUGAUGGUUGAUUUGGACGUGUUGAGGGCAGAAUUCUCAGGACAGUCUAAGAAUCUGGUAGAUUUAAGAAUGGAGCUUUCAGAUUCAUGUGCAGAACGUGAUAACUUGAGAAGAGAAGUUGAACAACUGAAGCAGUCAUUGGAGGACCAGAUGGUGAAACAGAAAGCAUUGGAGGAUUCAUUAUCUCAAGGUGAAUUUACUCCCAAAGUAGAGAAGGCCCUCAAAGAUGAGUUGAAGUCUCAAAAAGAAUCCUAUACCAACUUGUCUUUGGAAUUGAAGAGGAACCAGGAAGCAAAUCUUGAGCUCGUUUCUGUUCUCCAUGAGCUUGAAGAGACCAUAGAACAGCAGAAAAUUGAGAUAGGAAGUCUUUCAGCUUCAUCAUCAAAAUUGAAUGAUCUCCAGCCAGAACAAUUGGAGGAACUAAAGGAAAGUCUUAUGGAUAAGGGGCAACAACAAGAAGGGGGUUCGGAGAACAAAAGGCUUGACAUUGAAAGCGCAGAGAAUACUAUCAACAAGACCCUUGUCGAUCUUGAAAUGCAAUAUGAAAGCAAAUUAUCUGCAAAAGAGGCAGAGAUUUUAAAUUUGAAAGCAAAGUUGUCUCAGUCUCUCAAAGAAAGUUGUAACACAGAGAUUGUGUCCCGAAAUGGAGGUGAUGCAGAUCUGAUGAGAGAAAUUGAAGUUUUGAGAGAAAAAGUUCAAGAGCUAGAGAUGGAAUGCAAUGAACUGGCAGAUGAAAAUCUUGAGCUCUUAUUCAAGCUUAAAAAAGUGAAGAACAAUUCAAGAAAGGGAGCAUGUGAGGAUUUGCUACCACACAUCUCAGAUGCAUUCCAAGCACUCCAUUUAGAAGACAUGCUCGAAGCAGGAGUCACUGGCAAGGUUAAAAAUAAUGAUCAAAUUUCAAUUCAAGAGCUCCAGAGUUCAAAAGCUGCUCUUGAAAUCAGAAUGGCAGAACUGAGUAACGAAGUAGCUGAUAAAAUAUCUCAGAUGGCAGAUCUUGAGGCUAAUUUGUUGUCUAAGGAAAAGGAGAUUUGGGUUCUGCAAAAGCGACAGAGUGAGUUGGAAGCGAAGGUAUGCCAGUUUCAAAAUGAAAAAAUUCAACUAGAGGAGCAUAUGGAGGUCAUGUUGAAAGAAAGAGAUAUCAACGCUAAAUGCUUGAAUGAUUUGCAAAAUGAUUUGGGAAUUCUUUGCAGGAGCGUGGACUCCCAUGUCUCUGCCAAUGAAAUUCUCAGAAGAAAAUCGUUGGAGCUUGAAAGUGGAAAACAUAAACUGGAGCAUUACAUAUCAGACCUAGAACAGGAAAAGGAACAAUUGGCAAUGCAAAUGUCUGUUUUGGAAGCUCAACUAAUUUAUUUGACAAAUGAGAGACAUUCUAGUCUAUCAGAAUUGGAGAACUCCAGAUCUCACGCCAAAAUGCUUCAAGAAGAGAUUAUGAAGAUAAAGUCUGAGGUGGAUUCUUCAAUAGAAGAUUUGAAAGAAAAUAUGAAUGUGAAACAAUAUCAGUGGUCAGAAUCUCAACAAAAUGUGAAUAUCUGA